UGCAGAUUAAUUGGAUAGUUUAUACAGCUGUAGAUAUCAUGUUUAACAUUGGAAAGAUUUUGAUCGAUAUACUACUAGUAUUUCAAUAUUAUCCUGAUAGUGUCACGGUAAUUAUGACGUGUGAGAAAUGGAUUUAAUGGUAGUUUUCAAUAUUAACGUGUGUAAGUUCUAAGUACGUAAGUUUCGUAAGUUCUAGGAAAAUAUUUAACUUAUAGCGUUUUGCUAAAAAUAAGGUCACCUGUGACGAGAUCACGAAUGUAGGUUGUUACAUCCACCAACAAUGCUCAUGAGUCCUUUUAUAAUCUGAGAAAAGGCUUGAGGCUUUGGGAGUUUCGCGCAUGCGUGGUUCCCGGGUCGAUAUAUGGUGACGUCAGUGGAAGUUCGGCUUCAGUCAGCCGCCCGUUGCCACAUCGCGAUCAUGUGGCUGCAAUGUAUCGCUGCGACGGUGCUGAUUGCCGCGGCUGCAUCCCGCGAAGUCUUCACCAAUUCGUUCCUGGUGCGGUUCAAGAGGUCGCUCGGCCACGAGGAAGCCCACGAGGUCGCCCUCCGCCACGGCUUCGAGAAUCUUGGCCCGGUCCUCGGCUCUGACACAGAAUGGCACUUCGCUCAUCGCGGUCUGCCUCACGCGCGCCCGCACAGAUCUAUUGCGCACACUCGUCUGCUGAAACGACAUCCAUUAGUUCAUACAGCAGUUCAACAGACUGGUUUCAAGCGGGUUAAGCGAGGUUUCCGCCCCCUUCGCUUGCCGGAAACCGUGCCAGCCGCUGAACCUCGUGAUCCCUAUUUUCCCCUGCAAUGGUACUUGAAAAAUACUGGUCAGAACGGAGGGAAGCCUAAGUUGGACUUGAACGUUGAAGCGGCCUGGGCUCAAGGGUACACUGGGGUUAAUGUGACCACCGCGAUUAUGGAUGAUGGAGUCGACUACAUGCAUCCAGAUCUGAAAUACAAUUAUAACGCAGAAGCAUCAUAUGAUUUUAGCAGCAACGACCCUUUUCCAUAUCCACGCUACACUGAUGACUGGUUUAACAGCCAUGGAACCCGAUGCGCUGGUGAGGUGGCAGCAGCGCGCGACAAUGGCGUGUGCGGCGUCGGUGUUGCUUACCACUCAAAAGUAGCUGGUAUAAGGAUGCUUGACCAACCUUACAUGACCGACCUCAUCGAGGCUAACUCCAUGGGGCACGAGCCUCACAAGAUUCACAUAUACAGCGCCUCGUGGGGCCCAACUGAUGAUGGGAGAACUGUUGAUGGACCAAGGAACGCUACAAUGAGGGCUAUUGUGAGAGGUGUCAAUGAGGGGCGAAAUGGAUUGGGUAACAUAUAUGUGUGGGCAAGCGGUGACGGUGGUGAAGAUGAUGACUGCAACUGUGAUGGUUACGCGGCUUCCAUGUGGACGGUAUCAAUAAACAGUGCAAUAAAUGACGGCCAGAACGCCCACUACGAUGAGUCUUGCUCAUCAACCCUCGCAAGUACUUUUAGCAACGGAGCACGAGAUCCAAGCACGGGGGUAGCAACGACAGAUCUAUACGGGAAAUGUACAGCGACUCAUUCUGGAACGUCAGCUGCUGCGCCUGAGGCGGCUGGAGUAUUCGCUUUGGCCCUUCACGCGAACCCAAAUUUGACAUGGCGAGAUAUUCAGCACUUGACGGUCUUAACUUCUAAAAGAAACUCCUUAUACGACGCAAAGGGUCGUUUUCAUUGGACUAUGAACGGCGUUGGGUUAGAGUUCAAUCACCUUUUCGGUUUUGGCGUUCUUGAUGCGGGUGCUAUGACUGCGUUAGCAGCUAACUGGCGCUCGGUCCCACCGCGGUACCAUUGUGAAGCUGGCUCCGUCAAUACUCAUACCGAAAUCCCAUCUGAAGAUAGUAUAACACUACAAAUUGAAACCACGGCGUGUGCAGGAUCACCUAGCGAAGUCAGAUAUUUGGAGCAUGUUCAAGCAGUAGUGAGUGCGAACGCGACGCGUCGAGGAGAUCUUGAAUUUUUUUUAACAAGUCCUAUGGGAACCAGAUCGAUGAUUCUUAGCAGGCGAGCUAACGAUGAUGACAGCCGUGACGGAUUUACUAAGUGGCCAUUUAUGACUACUCAUACUUGGGGCGAAUAUCCACAGGGGACUUGGACGCUUGAGGCUCGCUUCUCCGGCGGUUCUGGACCAAGUUCCGCAUCUGGCUGGCUGCGGGGCUGGUCGCUGGUGCUGCACGGCACACGAGCUCCCCCUUAUGCGCAGCUGCAACCCCAGGACCCACAUUCCAAGCUAGCCGUCGUCAAGAAGGCUCAUGAGGACAACGCGAUCGAAAAAUAGAUACUGAUUACGACGAUCUAGAAAUGAUUGGAUUGAUUUAUUUUUAUUCUUGCACAAUUUUAAUGAUUUGAGAUUAUAAUAAUUUUCGAAGAUUUCUUACGCUUUUUUAUGCCAUUGAUGAGUGUUAAGAUGUAUAAUCCGCUCGCGAUCAAAAUGGGAUGCGACCGUUUGGAACUGAUACACGCGUGGGCCGCCCGGGUGUGGUAGCGUCGGCAAACACGCGUCGAUGAGCGCGUGACGUCGUUACUUAUUUGUUUGUAUGGAUGUUUGCAGUUAUACAUACAUAUAAACGCUAACACACAUACAAUUAUGUUGGAAAGUUAUAGUUCAGAGUUACUUUGCUUUCGCUCGAUAACUAAUGUCCGAUUUACUUCGACAAAGUUAUAUUCCAUUCUCAUAGUGCGCGGAUUAACGUACCUAAUAUUUUCAUCUAUAUUAGAGUUGAAUGUUGGAAUGCUAAUAAGGGUAUGAGACAUAUGAUGGAUAACGAUGACUUGUUACUGGCGUUGUAGGGGCCAGGAGGCUGCCAGGGACCUAACCUUUAAGGGACUUUGCAGAUAUGCACUUUGCAGUAAGCGUGUAGGCCAUUUGACAAACUUGCAGUUAUUUAUGAUAUAGCUUAUAUACUAUAGCUUAACAUACAUAAUUUCUGUCAAAUUCUAUUGCUUGCCACACUCUUGACAACGUGGGCAUAAUAUACAAAGCUUGCCAGAGGCACUCAUAGCCCUACGACGCUCUUUGUUACAUCUGAAUGAGGUUCUUGGUCAGAAUAGGCUUUAAAACAUGAAUUUUGUUCAAUUUUUUUUUAUAAUCUGUUAUUGUAGACAAACUUUUUAAUUGCAAAUUAUUUAUUGCUGUCUCACGUGCCUACAAAUUUCAAUAAUUAUUUUACGCAUAAAUCCUAUAAUACUGUAAUUGUGAUAAUUUUUUUUUCAUUCAUAUACACGCAAAGUUUAAUAUAUAUACGCAAAGUAAUAUAGAUAAAUCUGAUAAAUAAUCAUUGUUGGUGGUAGUUUUUUUUGGUUGUGUAUUGUAUGUGUAUGAUGCUCGUAGAGCGGUAAAACAAAUUUGCUAUCUUUGCAACGUAAGUGUAUUAAAAUGAAACUUGAAAUUGUUUUUAAAAAUAAAUUCUCGUCUGUAUUCUAUAAAGUAUAAAUUGAGCGAUUUUUUAUUGAAAUCAAAAUUGGACUAUAUACCAAAUGAAUGUGUUUACUCAUACAUAUAAUUAUAUAUAUGUAUAUUUCUGUUUAUUUAAAUAAUGACCAACCGGACUGAAGAAUUUAAAUUCGUAAUAAAACUACCUCUGAGAUAAUUUUUGGAUAUUAAAAUAUAAAUGUCAAAAAACUCCUUUCAUUUCUAGAUCUUUGGGUGGUAGAUUGUAGAUAUCUCUAGCAAGACUUACUUCCAAAAUAAAUAAUCUUUAAUCAUAUUGGUAAUACAAUUUUCUUAAUACAAAUUAUAUUCAUUCAAACUCACCGUUUCAUAUACCUACAUAAGCGUCAUCAUAUUACAUCCCUUAAUAAAAACGAAUCAUAUGACAUGUAAAAUAGAUCUAUAUUAUUAGCGUAUAAUUUAAUUACGCAUGUGUUUUGUUUUAACUUUAUUUAUCUGCUAUCUUUUGUGUUCAA